ACGAAGAAGAAGCGGCGGCAGCAGUACCAGAAGAAGAAGAAGCAGCAGAAGAAGAAGAAGAAGAAGAAGAACGUCGUAGCUUCGUGGCGUUUUGAGCAGCUUUAAACUGUUUUAUUUAAUAUAAAUACAUCAGCUUUAAACGGUAUUUAUAUAAAUACAUUAGUUUACUAAAGUUAACCGACGUCUUUGUGUUGAUGCGCCGUGAGUUCACUGCGUCACUUCCGGGUUUGAGGACAUGAGACCCAUGCGGACCCGACCCCACAUGGGACCCCUCGACAUGGGGGGUUGGGGUCCCCCUCCGCCGGGGGGUUGGGGUCCCCCUCCGCACCCGGAAGACUGGGGCCCUCCUCCGCCCGGAGGGUGGCCUCUGCCGCCUGAGGAAUGGGGUCCACCUCCGCCCGGAGGGUGGGGGCCUCCGCCCCCCGGAGGGUGGGGUCCGAGAGAGUCCGGCGGGUGGGGUCCGAGAGGACCAUCCCCGCCCCCGGGCUGGGGGCUUCACCUCGAGGACUGGAGACCCCCCCACCCCGAAGACUGGAGACCGCCCCACCCCGAGGACUGGAGAGCCCCCCACCCGGAUGACUGGAGAGCCCCCCACCCCGAGGACUGGAGACCCCCUCACCCCGAGGACUGGAGACCCCCUCACCCCGAGGACUGGAGAGCCCCCCACCCCGAGGACUGGAGACCUCCGGGCUGGGGACCCCCUGACUGGGGGCUCGAGCCUGUUCCACCCGGACCCAUACUGCCCGUGCCACCGGUUCCUCCCCCAGACCCCGCGGCCUACGGACCGGUGCCCGUCCCCCCUCCACUGGGCUACCUGAGCUUCCCCCCCCCCGGCUGGACAGGACAGGCCGUGGUGGAGGAGGCCAUGCUCAACCCACCGCCGGAUCAGCCUGAGUGGAUCAAAGCCUUGAUUUCAGCUCCGGUUUCUGAGUCGACUCCGGGGGAAAGUAAGAAUCCCACCGAGGAGCCGUCCGUCACUAAAACACCGGUGGCUGACCCCGCCGCCGCCCCGAGACCCAAACCUGAACCCGCCAAGAUCAACAGAGCUCUGGGUCUUCUGGGGAAACGCACAUUUGAUAAGCCUCCUCCUGGCAGGUCCACGGGGAUCAUCUCCUUCAUCGGGCCCUCCUUCGGCUACAUCGAGAGAGAAGAUCUGGAGAAGUUCACCUUCAGCUUUGCCGCCUUCUUUGGAAACCCAAAAGCCAUGACGCCCGGGGUCAGAGUUCACUUUACCGCCUGCAAGGAGAAGCAAAACGGUUCGAUAGCGACGGAUGUGAAGGUGGCUCCUGGUGGAACCGAGAACGUGGACACUGAGAUCUACGAGGCGGUGGUCAGCCAGCCCAUCGCCGAGCCUCAGCCCGGCGAGCGGCAGUACCCGGGUCAGGUCCACGUGGACAUCGGGCCGCUGAGGACCAACCUGACAUUCGACAGGAAGGACAGCACGGUGACGCUGCUGAAGAACGACCAGGUGCUCAUCAACCUGCUGACCGACAUCGUCAGCGAGAAGAGGCGGGCCACGAACAUCAAACCCCAAAUCCCCUCCACCUUCAGCAACACCGCCGAGACCAGAGAGCAGGGAGUCAUCGUCAGCCUGAAAGACAGCGAAGGUGUCAUCAAGUGUGACGAGCACAGCGAGCUUCCCUUCAACGUCAGAGAGAACUUCAGUGACAUUGAGUUCACCGACGAGGACGUCAACGAGGAGGUUGAGUUCACUGUGGCGACGCUGAGGGGGGGGAAGCGGGCCAUCAGGAUCCGGCGGGUGAAGGAGCCCCUCCUCCUGACGUUCUCUGCAGCCACGGAUGCUGCCGAGGAGGCCGCCGCCCCCAACGCUGCCAGUGACGAAGACUUUUGGCUGAAUGGGAACGCCGGCGUCAGGCCGGAACUGGGCGUCAACAUGAAGCUGGACUCGGAGCUGUACGAGGGCAUCGUCAGCCAGCCAAUCAUAGAGCCCACGCCCAACAUGCAGGGUUACCCGGGACAGAUCCACGCCAACAUCGGCCCCCUCAAAACGAACGUAACCUUCGACCACCGGGACUGCGGCGUCACGCUGCUGAAGAACGACCACGUGUUGAUCAACCUGCUGGUGGAUGUUCUCACCGGGAAGAGGAGAGCGGCCAACAUCAAACCCAAAAUCCCCUUCACCUUCAGCUACACCAAGGAGAAGAGAGAGCUGGGCAUCGUCACCUUUCUGGGGCCAGAAGAAGGAAUCGUCAACUCCGAGGAGCACGGCGAGCUUCCUUUUGACAUCUGCGAGAACUUCCGCGAAAUCAAGUUCAACAGCAGCGAUAUCCACAAGGAGGUGGAGUUUACGGUCGCCAUGGUGAAGUCCGAAAAGAGAGCCAUCAGGCUGCUGAGGACCAAAAGGGUCGAGGACCAAAUCCUGGAGGAGCAGAAGAAACGGGAGGAGGAGGAGAAGAAAAAGAAGAGGGAGGAGGAGGAGAGGAGGAAACGAGAGGAAGAGGAGAGGAAGAGGAGGGAGGAGGAGGUGGAGGAGCGACGGAGAGAGGUGGAGAGGAAGAAGAGGGAGGAGGUGUCGGCGGCGUUGGCAGCAGCCAAAUGCAAAUGGACGCCGCUCGGCCUCCGAGUGAGAAACCGCGACUCGCUGGACGACGUCAGCAAGGAGCGAUUCCAAGGCACCGUCCUCAAAGCCAUUUCCAAAUAUCCACGGCAGGAGAUCAAGAAAGAGCCCAAGGAGAACAAGGGUGAACAAGGAGGUGCACAGAUGCUCCAGGUCAAAAUCAAAGUGGAGAAAAUGGAUGAAGAUGAGAAGGAAGAGGCGGAAGGCAAACCAGAAGGAGAGGAGAGGGAGAGGGAGGUGGAGGAGGUGAAGGAGGACCUGCAGGCAUCUCCAGCAGCAGUGAAGCCAGACCCAGAGAUGGGCCGCCUGGUGAUGACCAUCGACGGCCAGCAGAAGCUGCUUCCCUUCGGACCCAACGACCUGCUGAGCAGCGCCACCAUGCUGGACGGAGACAAGGUACGCUUCAACAUCGCCACCCACGGAGAGACCAAAGAGGAACGAGCCACCUUCGUGGAGAUCCUCCCCGACUCCUUCGAGGAGUCCAUCGAACAACGUCGACACGGCAUCGUGAUCGAGUUCUCUCACUCCUCCGGACUCAUCAAGUGUGCUCAGAACCCUCAGCUCUACUUCCACAUGUCGGAGGUGAUCGAGAAGAAGAGGCUGGAGCUGAACGAGAAGGUUGAGUUCAGCGUGGUCCCGCAUGAAACGGCAGAAGGGGGGAACCAGGCCAUCAGGAUCAAGCGCUUCACCGAGAGAGUCUUCCUCCCCGUUCGUAAACUGGGUGGUGUCGGGGCGAAUAAAGGGAAGAUGACCAUCAAGCUGGCCAAAACAGAAGACACAGAAAAAGAAAAACCAGAGACCGACAAGAUGAAGGCCGUGGUGAAGAAUCUUAGAACGCAGGACGGCAAGACCAGUAUCAGCAGAAGGGAUUACAGAGCCACUCAACGUAAAUAUGGCAGGAGCAGGAGCAGGAGUCCGCCCAGAGACCAGUUUGGGCGUAUCAUCAAAAAGAGACGCAGCACCAGCGCUGACCGUGGCCAUAAAGGCAGCAGGUACAGGCGAAGCCGGAGCCGCGAGAGACCAAAUCGGCCCACCAAGAGCCGCACAAAGAGCCACAGCAGGAGUCGCAGCCGGAGCAAGAGCUCUAGCAGGAGCCGCAGCAGGAGCAAGGAGAGGGCCGUCAAGAAGAGGCGCAAAACCAGCAGAGAACCUGAAGAAAGUCACAAGAGGAGGAGGGAGCUAAGCCCUCCUCCCAGACGAGGUGGAAUCGUGGACGACGAGCUUGCGAGGAAGAAGCGGGAGCUGGAGGAGCUGAAUGACAUGAUCGCCUACAAAAAGUCUCUGGUGGACAUAGAUCCUGGACAGAGGACUUGCAUAGACUACGACCAUGGCAGGAUCGCCGUCCCUCUCACUGAGUACAAACCAGUCCGGUCCAUCCUGAAGAAACGACCAGACGGACCCGAUUACCUCCAUUCUUCUCAGCCCUAUGAAGGCCCUUAUUAUGAGCAGCCAUACAGUCCUUACCCAGACCGGCGGUACAUUGAGCACCCUGUUGAUCCGUUCGCCAGUCGCCCCUACACUGAUCGGCCUUAUGAAACUCGUCUCUUUGGUGAAGCUUCCUAUGGUGGCCUUCCUGCUGCGAGCCAACGUUACACUGAUCGCUACGAUGUUUACGAUGAACCGUAUGAAGAUCACAACUAUGACCCGGCAUAUGCGGACCGACCGUACAAGGAUCCGUAUCGCCUUGUUCAACGGAGCCAGUCUCCACAACCCCAUGAUCCCUUACCUUAUUCUCAGCCUUCCCAAGUUCCUUCUGCUUCCACUCAACCUUCCUUGAUGAACACUGCUGCAACUUCAUCUUCCCAACCCUCUCUGAGACCUCCUCCUCCCACAGAACCGCCUCAUAGAAGCCCCUCUCCUACUCUGGAGAACACCACUCCACGCCAGGCACCUCCAGCUGUGAAACAGCCCCUCGAUCGCUUCCUUGACAUGCUAAAUAAAAAGGUGGACGCUGAAAAGAAAUCGGAACCGGUUCAUGUGAAUGAUGACCUCCUGCCUCAUGAGCGGGCACUUCAAGAUGGCAGUGGUUUCUCUUGUAUCGUGGGAUUGGCUCAAGAGCAACCCAGCAGCAGUCUCGCUCUGGAGGGGAAAAAUACACAGCUAAGCCCUAAAAGAUCCUCAGUAGAGAGAACAAGUGAGGAACCAAAGGACAACACAGAACCCUACGUCAAGAUCCAAAGUCUACUCCGUACAAUUGGCCUGAAGCUGAGUACAGGAGAUGUGUCCAAACUGGCGAGCCGAGCCCAAGAAAAACUAUACAGCCCGAAAUCCUCAUCCUCAGAAAGGGAGACUUUGUUAUCCUCAACAGAAGAACGGCAAAGAAGUAGAACUGGUUCCGUUGAAUUGGAUCACAUCUAUUCCCCCUCGUCUACUAGGUCCUCCAGUUUGGAGCCACUUAGCCGUUCGAAAGCUGUCUCUGAAUAUGAAGGAUUCCUGGACCAGCAGGAGCUGGAGGCACUUCAGAAGGCGCAGCAGCAGCAGAGUCUUACCAAGACAAUGGGGAGCACACACCCCACCACUUCUUCUCCAACAGCUUCUCCUGAGCCUCUGCCUGCUCACUACCAACAUCCACCUCCACUAAUCAACUGGCCCCUUGGAGUCACUACCCAGAUUCCUCCAGAGCAGAGUUCCACAACCCCCAGCAUGGGUUCUCCAGUUUCUUCUGCAAUUGGUCAACCAUCCCAGAGAUUUGGACUUCCUCCAGGACCUCCCCCUGGACCUCCUCCCCGGCGUCCUGCACAGCCUCCUCCAGGUCCUCCUCCUGGACCUCCACCCCGGUACACUUCCGGGCAACCUCUUUUUGCUCCACCCUCUAGUCAUACAGUCUUUCCUUUUAUUGGCCAACCUCCUGCAGCUCCACCCCUUAACUCCUCUAGUCCUUUGCAGCCUUUAAUCACUGCAGCAGUAUCAUCGACACCUACAACAUCGAGUCCAGCAAACAUUAGCCAAUCCACCAUCUCUACCACAGUGGCAAGAUGCCUGAAGGUCAUAGAGACGGUGAAAUCUCUGGCUGUUCAACCACCAGCCAAACCGGUCAAAUCAGUCCAGUUCAGUUUACCUACAGUCCCUCCAUCAGCCUCCAGUCAUCAGACCUCAACCGAGGCAGAUGAUGAAAUAAAGAACAAACAGAAGGAGAAGCUGGAUUUGUAUAACCAGAGGGUUUUAGAAAAGAGGGAGCAGUACUACAAGGAUUGGCUCAGCCGCAAGAAUCAGAGUGGAGAGUGGAAGGACGGCAUACGAAUCUUCCCAGGCAUGCCGAAUGCCAGGGAGCCCAAGAACGUUUGGAUCUGUGGUCAUUCGUUGGUGUACUGGGCCGAGUCCCGGGCCAAGUCUCCGGAGGUAGGUAUGCAGCUGGGCAUGGACCCCAGCAAGGUGAUCAUCUGGUGGAAGGGUACCCAGGGUAUGACGUGGUCCCAGCUCCUGCCCCAGCUCCACCAGCUGAAGGUCACCUGGCCGAACCCGGACGUCCUCAUCAUGCACCUGGGCGGCAACGACCUGAGCACCGACAGCCCCACCGACCUGCUGGCCUCCGUCAAGAAGGACCUGACCUCCAUGAGGAGCAUCUUCCCGCAAUGCCUCCUCGUGUGGUCCAACGUUCUCCCUCGGCGGGUGUGGCGCCACUCGACCGACAACCACGAAGUGGAUCUGGUUCGAACCACGGUGAAUCGCAGGAUCCAGAACAUCGUCUCGGAGCUGGGCGGCUCCUCGCUGACCCACGAUAACAUCCGUUGCGGCACCAACACGGGUCUGUAUCGAGCCGACGGCGUCCACCUGUCCCCCAAAGGCAUCGACGUUUUCAAUCUCAACCUGCAGGAUUUCCUGGAGAAGUGGGAGAUGGAGCUGACCUAGAGGACGGUUCGGAGUACUUUUAUGUUUUGUUUCCAAUCAUAGGCCGUUCCAUUGAUUCAAGAACCUGCAUCAGCUUCAUUGAAGGUCAGGUUUUAUCUUUACACAUAGGAACUCAAAGGACAGAUGUUACUUCACAUGAAACAUGUUUGUCUGUAUUCAAACAAUAAAUUGAUUAUCAACUGA